AUGUCUGGUCUCAAGGUCGGCGAGCAGUUCCCCGAGGGCGUUGCCUUCCAGUACAUCCCCCACCAGGAGGAGACUGCCGACUUCAAGGUCUGCGGUAUCCCCAUUAAGUACGACACCGCCAAGGAGUUCAAGGACAAGAAGGUUGUUAUCGUCUCCAUCCCCGGUGCCUUCACUCCCACUUGCUCCGCCUCCCACCUGCCCGGCUACAUUGAGCACAAGGACGAGCUCAAGGCCAAGGGUGUCGACCAGGUCAUCUUCCUCGCCUACAACGACCCCUUUGUCAUGUCCGGCUGGGGCAAGGCCAACAACAUCAAGGACGACUUCAUUGUCUUCGCCUCCGAUGCCAACGCCGCCUUCUCCACCUCCAUCGGCUGGAACCACGGCGAGCGCACUGCCCGCUACGCCAUCGUCAUCGACCACGGCAAGGUCGUCUACGCCGAGAAGGAGACUGAGCUCCAGGGUCUCGAGGUCUCUGGCGCCGAGCCCGUUCUCAAGGCUCUGUAA